UUGAGACCAACCUUAUAUGGACUGAUCAGACCGGUAAUGGCUUAUUUCCCUCUAGCACCCAGCAGUAGCACAGUAUCCAUGAGCCAGAUAUAGCACUUCUGCCACUUUGGCAUUCUUCCUGGACUUACAGAACAGAAUCCACUGCUACUUGGUUAGGCAAUGGUUAUCGACAGUGGCUCGUGAUUGGGUUUGACUGUAGUUCAACGCAGACGGUGACAGAGUGAUCCUUUUUUCUCCAGAAACAUCGCAUUUUGUUGUCUAUUUUAAAAAAAAGCAAAGAAAGAAAAAACAUCGGAUUGUUGUGAAACUGGUUUGUAGCAACUUUUUCUUGCAUUUAUUUCCCCAGAAUAUGUCGUUGACCAACACAAAGACGGGCUUUUCUGUAAAGGACAUUUUGGAUCUCCCUGACACGAAUGAUGAAGAAGGAUCUAUCACCGGAGCGGAGGAAGAUACGGAGGGAUCAGAGACAGCUUCCACGACGAAAAACAGUGGAGUUUUGGUGCAGAGUCCGCUCGAUAGCGUCCAGAAUCUACCUUUAAAGACCCCUUUUUACGACAGUAGUGACAAUCCUUACACGCGAUGGCUUGCCACUACGGACAGUAUUCAAUAUUCAUUGCACGGUCUGUCGGCCAGCAGCCAGGACUCCGCCAAGUCCCCGGAACCGUCUGCGGACGAGUCGCCGGACAACGACAAGGAGACUUCAAGCAACGGGAGCGACUCCGGGAAGAAGCGCAAGAGAAGAGUUUUGUUUUCCAAGGCGCAGACAUACGAACUUGAGCGCCGCUUUAGACAACAGAGGUACCUCUCCGCUCCGGAGAGGGAGCACCUCGCGAGCUUGAUUCGCCUGACACCGACCCAAGUGAAAAUUUGGUUCCAGAAUCAUCGGUACAAAAUGAAGAGAGCCCGCGCCGAAAAAGGUAUGGAAGUGACCCAUCUCCCCUCACCUAGGCGGGUGGCCGUGCCUGUCUUAGUCAGGGAUGGAAAGCCUUGUCAUACUCUUAAAGCUCAGGACUUGGCGGCCACUUUUCAGGCUGGGAUCCCCUUCUCGGCGUAUAGUGCGCAGUCACUUCAACACAUGCAAUAUAAUGCCCAGUACAGCGCCGCCACCACGCCACAAUUCCCUGCACAUCACUUGGUGCAAACGCAACAGUGGACUUGGUGAAAGAUUAGAGACUGCAUGGCGUUCUUUGCCUUUUUGAGAGCACGCUAGGGAGCUCACCACAAAGUAAAAAAGACUUUCAUUUUUGCAGCUUGACCCAUUCGUUAUAUCGGGGGCGAAGGUGUGCGCCGUGUUGACAUGUUUUCGUUAAGAGAACCGGGUCCAGCCUCUCCCUAGAUUUAAGAAUGUCAAUGCUCUUGUGAAUUUUUUUGUAAAGUAUGUUGUGUGUUGUAGAAAUGUUUCUUUUUUGUCCUUCGUGUUAUCAGCACGUACAAAACACUUUAUAAUUAUAGAAAUUUUAAUUUCUUGCUUCUCUUUUAUGGACCGAAACUAUUUAUGGCCAUGAAUAAACAUUGGCAACUUUUAGCUUUUUCAUUUUGUUUCUAUUUUCUGUAAAUAUUAUGUGGCAAAUGUUUGCAACCCAUAGAGACGAUUCAGGAGCAUUUAGCUGGGGAUAUACAUAUUUCCAACCAUACAUGAAAAAGUAAUUUUGAGGCGUAAAGUAUCAGAUUCCAUCGGACAAUGUGAAUAACAGCUCAGUCGCGUUGAUGGGUAAAUAUCCAAUUUUAUAAGGAUUUUAAUAAAAAGAUGUGUUUCAGAAAUAACAACUUGUUUUACGUGUCCUAUUGAAGUGAGUUAGCUUUCAAAAGACUGCGUUAAGUAAAAAAUGCCAAGAGCCACUAUUGCUACCACAGACACUAUAGGGUCGGUCUGCUACGUGUUGCUCAAGGGGCGCAGAGCGCAGGUCGGCUAUACGGGAGUCAAUCUAUUGCGCACUUGAAUCCUUUCUUUUCGGGACAAAUUUAAUCCGGAGAAAUGUUCUCCAUUGGAACACCUCGCUGGUAAA